CCCAUUGUCAUUUCCACGAGAAAGUUCAUGCAAUGAUGGCCCGAAAUGCGGAAUGGGGCAAUGUUGCUGCGUGGCUGAGUGCAACAUGCUCACCGGCUUCCCUACCUGCCGCUUUUGAAUCAAGUUUCCCUCUCUAAACCUCAAUGUGGUAGUGCAAGGUCCGCCACCUGUUUGUGAAAAUGCUCGAGAGGAAAAACGCUGCCAAUGGAGGGGAAAAGCCCACGGCUCUCAGAAGAUCUCCGAGGUUUCUCCAGCAAGAGGUCACCCCAGAAUCCAUAGGUUCGCAAGAAAACCCUAAACCCAAGUUCAAGAAGAGCAGGGUCGAGGCGGAGUUGGAUUUUCCUCUCAGCUCUUCGGCUAGUGUUUCUCGGAAGAGAACCCAAGAAGAUUACCCGGAAAAGGUUUUGAACAAUUUGAAUGAAUCCAGCGAUGGGUUGAUAAAGCGCGUGAAUUCGAGUGCUGUGUUGAGAAGAUCUCAAAGAGUGAACAAUGGGGCUGCUGGAAUUCAGAGUCGCAGGCGAUCUCCUAGGUUUCAGAAUCAGAGAAAAAUGGAUGAACGCGAGCAGAAGACCAGCGGUGACAUGAAUGAUAAAUUUACGAAACGUGUUUCCAGAGAAUCGAUCAAUCUAGAAAAUAUUUCGGGGGGUUUGGAAAAAUCCGACGAUGGGCUGAGAAAAUGUACGAAUUUGAGCCCUCUGAAAAAUUCUCGAAGAGUCACCAAUCGGGUCGCGGGUACUCAAAGUAUCAGGCGGUCUCCAAGGUUUUUGUGUCAGGUAGAGUUCGAUGAACGUGCGGAGAAGGCCAGCGACAGUAAGAAUAAUCGGUUUAUCGAACGUAGCUUAAGUGAAUCCGUGGAUAGGGGGGUCUCGUUAGGUUUGUGGAAAGACAAUAUGGGUGCCAAUUUGUGUGAAAAAUUUGCAAGGAAAAGGGAAAGGAGCUUCAGGAGUAAUUCUGCAGAUUCUGUGGGUAUUGAAAUAGGAGGAAAGAGUGAGGCAGCAGGUGUUGAUAAAGAGGGUGGAUAUAUUGGAAAUAGGAGGGAGAUAGAGGAAGGAAUGGAAUGUGAUUGGCUUGUGCAAGCUUGGACAGAAGAACAAGAAUUGGCACUGCAUAAAGCUUACUUUACUUUAAAGCCCACUCCACAUUUCUGGAAGAAGGUUGCAAAACUGGUACCUGGAAAGUCUGCACAGGAUUGCUUUGACAAAGUCCACUCUGACCACUUAACCCCACCCCAGGCACAACCACGUUCGAGGGUCAAGAAAACAGACUUGUCACCCCUGGGUUAUUGUUCACUCUCUGCAAGUAAGUUGCUGAAACCCACCAAACCAAAGAGUGGAAGGGUGAUUCGUGAUAAACGGAAGAGCCACCUUACACAAAAGACUGUACGAGGUUUGCUACAGAAGCAGUGUCAUGUGGACCAAGGUUAUGAACUGGAUCUGUUCUCAGUUCUUGAGCCCACAGCGAAUCUAUCUACUAGUGCAUUUCAGCAGAAUGUAAUGUUCUCCACUCCAGAAAAUGUGAAAGGAAAGGUGGAAUUGUAUCAAAAGCACCGUGAGAGAUCUUCUAGGCAUAAGAUUCUUUCAAGGUUUAGUAGCUCAGGGAUGGUUCUUGUAAGUCCCCCAGUUCUGAAGCAGGUUAAGAAUAGGGCCUUACAUGAGAAAUAUAUUGAUCAACUACAUUGCAGGGAAGCAAAGAGAAAGGCUGCACUUGCACGGGCAGCAAAAUCCAUUCCUGAAAAGGGCGAUAGGAAUGAGACCCAUAUUCAGAAAAAGGAUAUGGUUAGAGCAGCAAAAAAUGCCCUUGUUUCUGAUGCUCAAGAUGCUAUACAUCAAUUCCAACAAAAGGAAGCCAAUGCCACAAGCGAGUUAUCUGAGUUUGAUGAGGAUGGUUUAGAUUGUGACAAUGAUGAAGGUGAUGAUGAACUUUAAUUCCAUUUAUUGACUUGAACCAAGAUCUAUAAAUGCAUAGCUAGCUGUCCCUUGUACUAAUUGAAGCAGCCACCUGUAACUGCUGAGUUGUGGGUGCUUGGUUGAAAAUAACCAUUUUAAAAAAAUCUCACAUUCUACGAAAUUGGCCUUUGUGAAUGUAAAUGCGAGUUCUGCUCUUGGUGGUCAAAGUUUGGGAUUAUAUUUAGCAAAUAUACGGAGGCAAUGAUAUCACAAGUGUUCCAUAAUCAUAACAUUGUUAAUAUGCUACAAUAGCCCGAUUCAAGCCAAUUCCAGUUGCAGUUUAUGAAGCUCGACCUACUUGAGCUUGUGGAUGGAAACAUGAUUGAAUGCAAAAUAGUCACAGAUUUGAUUGAGGGAGAAUAGUGAGUCUCUCUCCCAUGGGGCAUUUGAGAAUAGCAUAGGCAUUAAUACUUUUGAAACAUUUAACAUCAUGGGUGAAGAACUGUACAUGCUUUUCUGCAGGGACAGAAAUGAUUGUCCAAAUCUAUACCACAUCACAGGGGAAGUUCAAAACUUACAGUGAGCUAGGCUCUCAGCUCCCAAACCCCAUGGCGGCAAACAGCUUAUGAUCUUUCGAGAUAGCUCUGGUGAUUCAGACUUUUGUAGUGACAUAUCAUUUUUCAUAUCUACAGUUCUAUACAGAUCAUUUUGGAUUAUAGAAGUUCAUUAUAUCGUUA